UUUCCCCUUCCACUCCACACACACACGCGAGAGCACAACCUUCCAAGAUGGCCACGGCUCGCCGCCAAGUCACCGUUUACGGCACCUCCAAGGGCGCCAGCGUUGGUCAGGUCGCCCUGCCCGCUGUGUUCACUGCCCCCAUCCGCACGGAUGUUGUGCACUUUGUUCACACCAACAUGGCCAAGAACAGCCGCCAGCCUUACGCCGUGAGCGAGCGCGCUGGUCACCAGCACUCUGCUGCCUCCUGGGGUACCGGCCGCGCCGUGUCCCGUAUCCCCCGUGUUGCCGGCAGCGGUACCAGCCGUAGCGGCCAGGGUGCCUUCGGUAACAUGUGCCGCAAGGGUCGCAUGUUCGCCCCCACCAAGAUCUGGCGCCACUGGCACCGCCGCAUCAACAAGAACCAGCGCCGCUUCGCCACCGCGUCUGCGCUCGCCGCCUCCGCCCUCCCUUCCCUCGUCGAGGCCCGCGGCCACUCCAUUGCCAAGCUGCAGCAGGUGCCCCUCGUCGUCUCCAACGAGGUUGAGAGCAUGAAGACCACCAAGGCCGCCGUCGCCCUCCUCAAGACCCUCGGCGCCUACAACGACGUGGACCGCUGCAAGAACAGCCGCAGCCUCCGCUCCGGCAAGGGCAAGUGGAGGAACCGCCGCCACACCAUGCGCCGCGGCCCCCUCGUCUGCUACAAGAAGAACAACGGCAUUGUGCGCGCCUUCCGCAACCUCCCUGGUGUGGAGCUGUGCCCCGUUGAGUCCCUCAGCGUGCUCAAGCUCGCCCCCGGUGGCCACGUUGGCCGCUUCAUCAUCUGGACCGAGGGCGCCUUCAACCACCUCAACAAGCUCUUCGGCACCGGCAACAAGCCCGCAGACAUGUCCCUCAAGAAGCGCACCAACGGCGCCCCUUACUACAUGCCUCGCACCAAGAUGACCAACGCCGACCUCUCCCGCAUCAUCAACUCGGAUGAGAUCCAGAGCGUCAUCCGCGCCAAGCGCAAGGCUCCUCGCCGCCGCACCGUCAAGAAGAACCCGCUGACGAACCUGCAAGCUCUGCUGAAGCUCAACCCGUACGUCAAGACGAAGCGCCGCAACGCCUACCUCAAGAACGAGCGCCGUCGCAAGAACAACCUGUCCAUCCGCAAGGCUCGCGCUGCCAAGAAGGCUGCCACCGCCUAAGCUUGCUCGCUUGCGCCUGCUGGCCCUGGCUGGGUUGUCGUGUUGGUUGGUCGCGCCUCGUGUGCCCACCGUUUUGCUCCUGUGCGUUCACGGCCCCAUUCCCCUCUUUCUUUGCUCUUCCCUGUCUGUGAAUCAAGCGCACAUCAGUAAACUUCCUUUCAGACAGGCACUCCCCCUUGCUCUGCUCCUGUAUACACUUGCCUCAAUGAAUCCCUGAAGCGUCGA